GUCUAUGGUCAGGAAUCCCCACCCAAUCCGCGUCGUCGUCAUGUGCGCUUGCGCAGAUAAUACACCCAUAAGCUGUACUUUCAUUGAUAAUUGUUCAGUAAGCAAGAUACAACGUUUGCCAACUUCAAUUCGGAUCCAUUGUUUAUAUUUUGAUUCAAAAUGGCGGCCGACACAACAGGAAUGCCUCAAGGGCUGCAGAUGUCCGCGGUGGAGAUACAGCAGGAGUUCUACGAAGCAAUAGGAGACGCAGAUUGGGAACUUUACGAAAGACAGGAGAGAAAAUAUUUACUUCAGAAAAUCGGCAUCGCUCUCUUUGGACCACCGAAAAUUGAGGGCAACCUUACAGAAGGUGGCGAUCAACUCAAACUGAAAGGAUAUGAAAAACGUGAAGAAGAACUAACCAUGACUGUGUUCGAGAAAAUAUGUGAACAAGCUAAAUAUUCCCACAACAACGUGAAUAUCCUCAUAUCAGUGAUACGAGUGGUCUGCGUUUUCCCCAAGGAGGAAGUCCCGUUCUUCAAGCCCGAGCCAGAGGACUACUGGCUGGACCUUCAUCAGAAAGCUGGUGAUGGUGUUAGCAUUUGUGUUUUCCACGUGUUCGCCAUCCGCAAAUGUGUUGCUUCCAAGGGAAAAACGUGUAGAAUAUUCAUCGAUCACGAAGGGCGCUUGUACAAGAAUUGGGAGGCUUUUCUCACUGAGAACCACUUGCCGAAGAGUGUGAUGGUGGUGCCUACUAAUGGGGAAUACAAAGCAAUGAUAUUGCCGGAUGGCUCAAUAGCGACAGUGGAAGAUGACCCCCAAACGCCGAGAGUGAGCCUAACUGUGCUCGCAUCACCCGCUUUGGGGAUAAAAGCGCGGAUUCUUAGCACAGCCGAUACUAUCAAUACGGUGGCCAGUGUCAGCGCAUUGCUCGGGGUGGGUGUUGGGGUGGCGACGCUGCCUCUGCUGCCGGUGGUGGCGCCAGUGGCCCUCGGGCUGGCAGGCGGCGUGGCGGCUGUCACUGGAGUGUACGGCAUCUUCAGGUCUUCCUUGCAUCUAGCUGACAGGGGGCAGCAUGACCAGCCAAUUGGCCUGGACAACGCGGAGGCGCGAGGCAGCUGGCUGAACUUGACGCUGUCAACGGUGGGCUUGUCGUUCUCCGCAGCCGGCAAACUACUCUCCCUGGCCGCCGCCACCGGGACCGAUGUCAAGUUAUUGAUUAACGCGUUCCAGUUCCUUAAAUACACAAACCUGGUGACUGGCUUCAUUGGAGUGGCCAACAGUCUCGGCGAUAUGAUUUACAAGUUUUACAAGUACGAUGAGACUCCGACGAAGCUGGAGUUGUUCCAGUUCACAACGGCGGCGCUGUUCUUCGGGUUGGGCGCCAUGUCCAACCAGACGGCGGAGGCCAUCGUGCAGGACGCGCAGGCCAGGACCAUCAACGAGCAUCGCGACGGACUCUCUAGCAAUGUCAAGAGGAAAAUGUUCGACAAAGCAACAGCUGAGACCCGGAGGCUCAAAGGGACUGUGCAAGGCAAUGCCGAUAUUAUAAAAGCUUUAAAUAAAAUAGAAAACAAAGACGACUUCUUCGCCGCUCUCAACCGAGCUAACAAGGACAUGAACAAGAAUAAAGUGCGCGUUUCCUUGUCUCCCGACGGCAAAGCAAUAUUCAACAAUGCCCACAAACUAGAUGUUAACGAAAUCGGGAACAUGGGAAGGGCAGAUCGUCAGCAAUUGUUCUCUAAAUAUGGACCAGCGAAAGUGACCACAAAAAAUGCGGCCACAAGGAUAUAUGCAUCAACUGUUUCUGGCCCUGGAACAUCAAAUGCAAGUACUACUGACUUCUCCAUUUACAUCAGACCGGAGGAAAUAUUAAAGAUUGCUACAAUGAUGCUGAAACUCACGCAAAUUGACCAAGAGUACCUCGCAGAGAUACUGUCGCAACUGACUGCCGACGUUCAUGAGGCCUUCUUGCUUAUUUGUGCUGACCUGUUCCUCAAUUUGGUGCCAGACGAACUACUCAAACUGACCGGGCUUGGCCAACACCAAGUGAUCAGAGUCAUCUAUUUCGUGUUCAAUCACAUACAGUCCAAAAUCCCUACAGGACUAUACCAUCACGAACACGAUAAUUCUCUGAGGACUAUUGUGAAUGAGUUCUUCCGUGACGGACGUAUUAGUAAAGAGACACUGUUGCAGUUAAAGAAAAAGUUUAUGCAAUGGAUUUCCCUCGGUGAAGUCAGUAAUACGGUUAUGAUGGAUGAUUUAAGUAAAUUUAAAACGUUGUUCGAUGUGAAAUACAGGGUGUUGGAGGCUGGAAAGGUGAUGAAGAUCGGUGAGCAUGAGGUUCUGAUAAAAGAGGCGACAGUGGCGCUGCUUUCGGAGCGGUUUGUCGAGGAAUCACAGGAGAAAUGUGACAUGUUCGUUAACUUCUGCUUGAGUAUCAUUGCAGAGCUGUCUAAAGGAGAAGUGGCUAAGUUGUCUCUCUUAAACCCUGACGUGGAUUUGCUCAUGAUCGUAGCCAAGUACUUGAAAGCCGAGUGUCCAGUUGUAGAUGUUUACAUUGGGGAUUUUGUGGAGGAUGGUGUCGUGAACACCUACGUGGUGAGAUGUAUGAAGAAUGAAUUACUGAAGUGGCUGGAGAUAGUGAGCAAGAGGUUGAGACAACACAAGGUUUGCAAGCUGUGUCUCGGAUUGUGCUAUGCUUAGGCAAUGGUGAAAAAAUGCAUGUAUCAAUUAGCAAUACAAUAGCAAUAAUAUUAAUGUUGUAGUUUAGAAUCUGUAACCAGUUUCUAUAGUAUUUUAUGGAUAUAACUACCUACUUACGUCAUAAUUAAGUAAUUAAAUUAGUUUGUUAAGUUUUUUCUACAACUUAAUUACUAAGUUACUAUUUAUUAUUAUUAUUAUUAAAUUGUGAGCAAUAUAAUCUUAAAGUACCUACUUACUUACAAAACAUAAAUAUUCUAUGAAAAGCAUGAAGUAUUAUUAUUAAUUAUAAAUAUUACUUUUCACUUUAAAAUUAUCUUAAUACUUACUUAUGUAGUUCUAGAAGUUUCGUCGUUACUAGGUAGAAUGUACAAUAGAAUACAAUACAAUAUUGGUCACCACAAAAACAUACAGACAAUAAUUAUAAACUAGAGACAAUGAACAAUAGGCGGCCUUAUCGCUAAGAGCGAUCUCUUACAGGCAACUUUAAACAUAAAGAAAUAGAAAUAAAGAACAUUUGAGGGCGGUGUAGGUACCUACUACAUAACUACUUAUAAUAUAACUAAAUAAACCGUACAUACUAUAGCUACAUAAAUACUGACAUAAUGUAUUCGUUUCUCAGCGUUGCAUUGUGAUGACUUUAAUAUUAUACCGGGUCCAGACAUCGUAUCCUUUGCCCUAUCCUAUCACCGUAUCCGAUCACCGUACCGUAUCUGCGUAUUGUAUCAAGCGCCGUAUCAAGCUGUGGACGCCUCCGAUUCUCUCUAUAUUCGUAUCUUCAUAAAAGUCAUAAUCCCUUUGAUGAUCGAACAAAAAUCGACACGACAUAAUGACGGGCCGUAUCAUGAUCGCGUAUCAUUAACCGUCCACAUAUGCGAUCUAUGUGUGUUUCUAUAAAUUCUCUCACUCUAUAGCCGAGUAUAGCAGGCUUAAACAUUGAGCAGUCUACAUGGACGUAAUAAGUACUUGUUCUUUAUAAGUACUUAUUAUUUCCAUGGCAGGCUACUAAAUAAUGUACUCUGAGCGAGCUAAAAGAAAUAUUCUACCUUUAAUAAACCUCUGCCUGACCCAUGUACUCUGUGCUACUAAAAUUCUGUCAUCUGCCAUUUAUAAGCAAGUCAAAAACAGCUGUAACUUAGGUAUUAUUUAUUUUAACAAAUAAAAUAAAAACACCUGCAGAAAAGAUACAAAAUGAUUCAAUUUAAACGAACGCACAGCGAAAAUGAAAUUACCACUCAGUGAAAUCUUUGGCCCUUUUUUAAAACCCCAUUUUGGAAAAGCCAGGACUUACUGCAAGCAUCCUCUGUUGGCUUAUAGCAAUAUUUAUGUUUAUUGCUAUGGACUGUUAGGACUCUUAAUAAGCUCAUAUCACUUGCGCCACACAUUUGGCAAGUUUCCUCACAAUGUUGGCUACAAGAGAAUGGAUGACGAACCCCAAGACUUCCACCAUCAAGCCAUGGUCGCCCACGACCUGAAGAUCAUAGCUACAUCUAUGAGCACUGUCCAGUACUUUUGCCUGAUAAUCGGAUGUUUAACUGAGAACCCUUCACUAUUCAUCCCUCACCUUUGCGGGCAGCUGGCUGCCAUCCUCAUAAAACUGGUGAACGUGCUGCUCCUCAUCCGAGGGUUGACAAGCAUCUACACGCUCGCCCUGAUGCUGCAGAAGGUCAUAGUCAUCGUAGUCAUGGGCUUUAACUGGAGCCAAGAGUUCUGUGUCUUCAGACAGUGCCUCUGUAUUUGCGAUCUUUGAAUAAAGCUGGGCAUGUGUUGGGUUAUGGUU